AAGUGGCAAAUUCUGUGGUGACAACUUAAUUAAUAUUUAUUGUGAGAAUGUGAUAUGUGAAUUGACACUGACAGUUAAAGACUAUACAAUUAUAGACUAUACUACUUUAGUAUUAUAGUCUAUACGUCUGUUAGUUUUCUGUGACCUGUAGGACGUGUGUACUUAUUACUUAUUAUGUAGUUUUACCUAUAUUUUAUUUUUAACUUUGAAAAAAAUAUUCCACUUGUUUACACUAGAUAAACGGUAUCAUGGUUAAAUAGAUUUAUUUAUUAUUUACCUGCUGUGUACGACAUACUAGUAUAUUAUUAAAAGUGACAGUAUAUUGUGUGUACCAAGGUGUGUACAGAGACAUUUGUUUUUCAGAACUAUUUGUUUUUGUUAAAAACGCAAUUGUUUAUUUAUGAUUUUGUUUGUACUUACAUCUUUAAUUAUUUUUUAUCAACUAUAAAAUAAAACAGAACUAUAUUAUAUAUCAGCGAAUACAUUUUUAACAACGACAUGAACAAGAGAAGGUAUCCAUAUGAUAUUGAUAUGUGUCCUCAGUUAAAAAUACACAUUGGUGAGAAACAAGUUGCUAAUGGAGUUUUAGGACCAUCAAAAAUGUCUAAAAUUUAUGAAAAGACUAAACAGAUAUUGUUUCAAGGAGCAGGAGCAUCUUUUGAAGCAAUAGAAUGUGUUGCGGUUGUUGAUAAAAUGCCAUGUGACAAUAAACCAUCCAAACAAAUGCAGUUAACAUUUGAUGGAAAAUUAUGCAAGCCUGAUAUUUUAAUUGAAAAUUCAAAUGUGUAUAGUUAUAAUCACGAAAAAUGUAAUUUUUGUUCACAAACAGAAAAAUUAGAUAUUUGUGGGAUCUGUGGAGAAAUAUUUUGCAAUAUGUGUUCAUUUUCUUUAUUUGGCGAAGAAGUCAAUAAAAUAUGUUUAACAUGUUAUAAGUGAAAAUGUUUAAGAAAAAAUGUGAUAAGUGUUUAUUGAUUUAAAAUUUUAUUAGACAAUUGAAUUUUUCAUGUAAAUCUCAUUUAUUUUUAUGUUUUUAAUUUAAUUUAUAUAAUCUAUUUUUAAAUAAUUUUACAAAAGUAUAUAAAAGUAAAUUAUUCAACUGUUUUUAAACCAUAUUUUUAAGUUUAAAUUUGAUUUUUAAUAUAAGUACUAACUUAUUUUUUUAAUAAAGCUAAUAUAAUAUUUUAAAA